AUGAGGGCUCAGGGGCCACCUGCCAUGGACUCAUCACGGACAGCCCACGGAGUGGCACUGCUGCCAUCACCACACAUGGACACACGAUGGCAGAACCUGAGGCCAGAUGGGCCACUCAUCAGGGACUCUGCACCCUGGGAGGUGGCUGAGACCCGGGUCCACGUGAGCACUGCCACCUCAGAAGCCCUGGUGGACGCCCAGCCACCCCUUCAGCAUCGCACCCCCUUCACAAGUUAG